CAAGGUCGUGGAAGGGUCCGAGAUGGCGCUCUGAAUCAGCAGAACCGUUGACGGCUUUGACUAAUUAACCUGCGCUUCAUGGAAAUAGCACCACGGUGCAUGACACUACCUUAUUUUAAGCUCGUGAAAAACAACAGAGCCUCAGGUCUCCAACGCUCCAACACCUUCGGGCACCUAAAAUCUAGAGAGAGAGAGAGAGAUGGCUGAAGAAGAAGAAGGGCAAUGGACCCUUGAAGUUACACCAACGUGGGCGGUGGCAAUUGUUUGCUUUGUUCUGAUAGCGGUCUCCUUACUCAUUGAGUACGGUCUACAUCUUUUGGCCAAGUACUUCAAGAAACAGAGGAGGAAGUCUCUCAUUCAAGCUCUUGACAAGAUUAAAUUAGAUUUGAUGCUUUUGGGAUUCAUUUCUUUGUUCCUGACUGUUUGCGAAAAGCCGAUUGCGAAUAUCUGUAUUCCAAGGAGCGUGGGCGAGACUUUUCUUCCAUGUCCAAGAAUGAAAAGUGAUGGGGAGGAGGAAUCCAAAUGUGAAGAGCAGGGAAAGCUUUCUUUCUUGUCCAGAAAAGGUGUCCAAGAACUCCAAUUGUUGAUCUUUGUUGUGGCCUUCUUCCAUGUUUUCUCUAGCUUCCUUACAUUCAGCCUCGGUCUAGCUAAGAUGAAAAGGUGGGAAUCUUGGGAGGCAGAAACAAGGACAUUGGAAUACCAAUAUUCUAAUGAUCCAAGAAGGUUCCAGCUAAUUCAUCAAACGUCCUUCGGGAGGCGACAUCUACAAUUUUGGAGUGAAUAUCGGCUUCUUCGUUUGCCGGCUUGUUUCCUUCGGCAAUUCUUCAGAUCUGUCUCAAAAGUAGACUAUUUCACUCUUCGACAUGGAUUCAUUAUGGCCCAUUUCGCAGAAGGAAGCAACUUCGAUUUCCAAAAGUAUAUAAGAAGAGCUUUGGAAAAAGACUUUGGAGUAGUGGUGGGAAUAAGCUUCUGGAUUUGGAUCUUUUCAGUAGUUUUCAUAUUCCUAAAUGCACAUGUGUUUUACAACUACUUCUGGCUUCCCUUCAUUCCAUUGGCGAUGCUGUUGAUAGUUGGGACGAAGCUACAAGGGAUCAUAACGAGGAUGUGUGUGGAUACUAACGACAAGUCUCACGUAGUUAGAGGAACGUUGCUUGUUAGGCCAAGCGAUCACUACUUCUGGUUUGGCCGGCCAACGUUGCUUCUCCACCUUAUGCACUUCAUUUUAUUUCAGAACUCCUUCCAAUUGGCAUUCUUCACAUGGACUUGGUUCAAAUUCGGGAUAAGAUCGUGCUUCCACCACGAAACUGAGGACAUAGUCAUAAAGCUAGUCAUGGGAUUGUUGGUUCACAUCCUCUGUGGCUAUGUAACUCUGCCUCUAUACGCUCUAGUCACGCAGAUGGGGACGUCGAUGAGGAAAGCAGUGUUCACCGAGGGAGUGGUGGAAGGCCUAAAGAGAUGGCGGGUAACGGCCAAGAAGAAAGUAGCUCUCAGGAACAACUCAGCACGCCGAUCGUUGGAUGCUUCCAUUACUUCGCUUGACACUUCUGCAUCUUUCAGUACUGUUGAUGGUGUUUCCUUUCAUGUAGAACUAGUUAAUCGCUUCGGUGAUGCCCCUGAUACCGAAUUUUCGGCAGUUGAAGUGGGGGAAGAUGAUAGUGUAGGCUUGGUAGCUGCAUAAACAACAGAACAUCAUCAAAAAUUGAGUUCAUUUGAGGGUUUUGACUUGGGCAAAGCUCUAUGAUUUUUCACAUUUUCUCCUCAGUUACUUGUCUCUUCAUAUUUUCUUCUUCCAAAUUGAAGGUGACAUUGUUGGAACUUGGAAG